AUUUAUGCACCAUACAAAUGAAAACAAACAAAACUGAUCAAGAUCAGCUGUGCGAGAGUUUUAAAAUCCGUUUGAGAAAGAUUUCCAUUUCAAUAUUUCGUUAGUUAUCAACCGUUGACGAUGAAGCAUCAAAGUUUCUGCAUUUUUAUUAUUUUUUAUAUGUUUAUAAACACUGCAGUGCCAUUUAUUACGAAAAUUCAAUGUAGCACUUCAGAAGCGCGCACGUGUAUUGAACCUUUCUGCUUUUUCACAAAUAACACAGCUGAUGGUGUUUCAGCUAAUUAUGGAUGUAAAGAACUCUCAAGACCGUUAAAUAAAAUUAAUGUUCACUUCAAACUUUAUACUAAAAUGUAUUCGCAAUACUUUCAAGUUGGUUAUUUUCCAAAAUUUGAUUAUUGCACGUUCAUUGAGAAUAUCGACAAACAAAAUUUGUUAUAUUAUGGAGUGAAACUAAUGAAGGAGAGAUUGCCAGAAAGUAUACGAGAAUGUCCUUACAUUGGUAAACAACUUCAAGUGAGAAAUCUCAACUUGACUUCAGACGACUUGACAUUUCUACCAGCUGGAAAAUAUAAAGUGGUUUGCACUUUCUCGGACGAUGAUGAUUAUAAAAUCUUAAGAAUGGUGACUCAUGUAAAGAUUUGA